CGCGCAUACAUACAUACCAUUGCGAACCACGUGCAGGUUGAUGUCCAACAAAAAUGGGGAGAAUCAGCAGAAAAGGGAAGUAUAUCAGAAACAUCAAGUAUGCAGUGACAACGAAGAAGCAACAGGCAAGGGAGGCAGCAGCCCGAAGAGAGGAAUCUGAGAGCAGUGAGCCUGAAUUUGAAGAGGAAUUUGAAGAUGACGACGACGAGGAUGAACCCCUGCCUCUCCACAACAAGAGCGAGCCAGGCAAACAUAAGGCCAAAAAGGAAAUUUCUGCUAAGAAGACUAAGGUGAAACAGAAGGAGAAAGCCAAAGAAGCAGACGACGGGUCUAGUGGCGAUGAAUCCGACAUGGACAUGGAAAAACACAAGGAAAUCGUGCGAUCGCUUAAGGACAAGGAUCCAGACUUCUACGAUUACCUCAAGGAGCACGACAAAGAACUGUUGGACUUUUAUGAGAAUGAUAAAGUGGACGAGGACGAAACGGAAAUACCUGACAAAGUUCCAGACACCGAAAGCGUAACCAUGUCUCACAUCAGCAAGUAUCGUGAGGCUUUACAGCAGAAACCAACAGUACGCGUUGUAAGUGACGUCGUGUCGCUCUUCAGAGCGGCCGUAAUCCAAGCAGAAGGUGGAGAAGAAAGUCAAACUAAAGGAUUUUACACCCAUUUUGUCGUCGAAGGCCAGGUGCUGUUCAACUCUGUUGUGCGAUUGUGUUUAACGGAGUUGUUACCAGCUCUGCACAAGGUACUAGGCCUGCCAGCUCCUACUGCACCUCAAGACGGCCCUCAUUUAGACCCGACACGGAGUGCUCACUGGCGCAAGGUCCUUGUUCCAAUGAAAUCAUAUCUCCAGGAUAUCAUCAAGUUGAGCAAUGCCAUCACAGAUGAAAAGCUGGCUUCUGUGUUGCUUAAGCACGUCAUGCUUCUUGUUCCGUACUACGUGGCCCUCCCGCAAAUUGCGAAGACGUUACACAAGCGGUUGGUGGCCCUCUGGUGUGAAGGUGGAGAAACUGUUAGGAUCCUAGCAUUCUUUUGCCUGAUCAAGACUGUCAGAAGGCUUCCGAAGGCGUACCUUAACGCGCUGCUCAAGUACAUGUACAUGUCCUACGUACGCAACUGCAAGUUCACGUCUCCAACGACCUGGCCGCUGAUCGCCUUCAUGCGAAGCUCCCUUGCAGAGAUGUACGCCCUCGAUCAGGCACUGGCCUAUCAGCACGCUUUUCUCUACAUCCGACAGCUUGCGAUUCACCUUCGCAAUGCCAUGACGGUGAAGAAAAAAGACACGUGUAAGGCAGUUUACAACUGGCAGUACGUCCACUGUUGUCUUCUCUGGGCACACCUCCUAGCAACGGUGUACCCGAGCGACGCCCUCGAACCGCUUAUCUACCCCCUCGUUCAGACUAUUACAGGUUCUAUACAGCUCAUCCCGGCAGCAAAAUACAUUCCCCUGCGUCUGCACCUCACCCGCGGACUCCUCCAACUGACAACGUGUACGAGGACAUUCAUCCCGGUUAUGCCACACCUUCUCGAAGUGCUCACCAUAGUUAAUUUCGACCGUAAACACACCGCCGUUUCGAUGCGACCCAUGGACCUGCGCUGCAUGCUCCGCGCUUCGGAGUCGCAAAUGAAGGAGAACGGAUUCCGAGAUGCAGUCGUCGAGAAUUUCUACGACCUGACUCUCGAAUACGUGGCAGGGUAUUCCAAUUCUGUCGCAUUUCCGGAGCUAGUGCUGCCGGCCGUCGUCCGCCUGAAAGCGUGGGUGAAAAAAUGCAGGGUUGCCAAUUACGUACGAAAGAUUCGUCAGCUCGUGGAGAAAAUCGAGGAGAAUGCCAAAUUCAUCGAAGAGAGGCGCAGGAGCGUAACGUGUAAGCUGAGCAAUACGCAGGCAUUGGACCUCGUCGAAGGCAAGUGGAAGGAGGAGGGAACACCACUGGCAAAGUUCUACACGCAGUGGGAGAAGGUCAGGGGAGAGAGGCAGGUAGUUACGCACCACAGGGACGUGCUGACGGAACUGCCGGAGUCGGAGUCAGACUCUGACAGGGGGCGGAAGAGGAAAAGAAAGAAGGACAAGAAAGAGACAAAGAGCAAGAAAGAAAGAAAGAGUAAAGAGGAAGAAAACGUGGAUGGAGACAGAGAUGUCGUACGGGAUAUCGUUCUAUCUUCCUCCGAAGAGGAAGACGACAGUGACGAGGCGUCUGACUGAAAACUGGAAUUGUAUACGUUUGUGGAAAGCACGUUUAUUCGUAUUCAUUGUUGUCCUCAAGUUGUUGGUAAAUAUUUUAUACUGCGA